AUGGAUUUGGGUGUGCACCAAAAAACCCUAAUCGACCGAGCAUAUGGUGGCGAGCGUCCACCACUACCUCCUUUGCGCAAAUACCUGAUCCACGUCACCUACCAAGCUUCCGCCUAUGUCGUCGGAGUAGCCGGAUGGGCCAUCAGACUGAAACUCAGCAGCGAAUCUGUCGGAAUCGAACCAUUCAGUGCUAAUGUGGCUGUGGAUGGAAAUAUGGUAAACUUAGGAUCAUGGGAUACUGCUGAUCUGGUCUUAACUCCAGACUUUGUAUGGAAAGAUCGCUGGCAUGGUGCUGCACAACGUUGGUGGAUUCUUGUUGAGAGCCAUACGGCACACACUGAACUUCUAGAUCUGAAGCCACUUCUUGUGACAGUUAGUUCUCAACUUCUGGAAAAUGGGUUUUCGUUGGAGGAGGAUUUGGAUGCUCCUCCUGGGCAGCGUUAUAAAAUGAAAGUCGUCCCCACCAGUAAGAACAUAACUUUUGGUGUUGCAGCCUCUGAGGCUCGAUAUCAAGAGGAAGCUUGCUCAAAGAUCAGAAAGAGUAAAAUCGGUGGACCUGUAUCCUACGGAACCAUGGUAAUGAUUCACAUGUCAUAUAGUAGUAUACUAGUAUGUAUGUUAGUAACUGUUUUUCUUCUUGUUCUGAAAUUGGCUGACAUUGCUCCUUUUGGUUAUGGCUUCUAUAUUUUUAAUAGCUUAACUUUGAGCCUCAAUGUGAAUUUGUGA